AAAUAAAUAUUGACAGUUGUUUGAAAAUAACGUCUGAAAGAUGCAGUAUUCAAUAAAAACAAAAAAAUUUAAAAUUGUAAUAAAUAUGUGAUUUGGAAUAUUGAAUUAAAGUUUUUCAACAAGAUGUCUGAUAAUUUCACAUAUAAUGGGGACCAUCUACUCAAAAUAUUUGGAGACCUACAAAUUGAUUUGGGUGAUUUGAACCCGAAUGUUGUGAGGGCCUGGUUUGAUACAGACGAUCAAGAUAUGAUUUAUCUAUUGAAUUUCAUGUGUAGUGCCUUGUCUAGAAAAAAUAUUCUAUUAGCACAGGAAUUAACUGAAUUUCAAUCUAUUGAGAACCCUCUAUAUGAUACCGAACUGGAAAAAGCUUGUAGACAACUAGAAGAGAAAAACCCAGGAAUUUUUGAUUAUGAUUUGAAUUUAAAGCAAUUGAAAGUAUCUGUCGCCGAACUGGAAUUAUUGGAACAAGAAGAGCAAAAGUUGGAUAACCUAUUGAAAAUGGAUGGACAUUUACAACAAUCUUUAUCACAAAGCAAAUUAAAUAUAGAAAGAGAAUCGGCGGAAUUAGACUUCAGGUAUGAAGAAGCAUAUAAAAGAUGUGAAGAAUUGUCUCAUGACCUAGAUUCAAAGAAUAGGUGUCUUCAUGAAAAAUUAUCGAGAGAUCUCUUUUUCCUAAGUAACUUUCAAUCUAGUGAACCUACCCAUUUCUUGAAUCUCAAAAAUUUGAAUGAUAUUUAUGAUUCCAUUGAGUUUAAAACAACACUUGAAGAUAUGGUGGAGAAACAACAUAGUGAAUUAUCUGGAUAUUUUUCACAAAGCAAUAUAAAUUUGAACUCAACACCAAAUAAUGAAAAUUUUGAAGACAAAUUAGAAAUGUCACAGGUUCAAAUAUUUUCCUCCUACUUCGACUGUCUCAAAACAAAGAUGGAAGCUGAAUCUCUUUAUGAAGUGAAUAAUUUUCUAGAAAAUUUUUUCACACAAGAUUAUCCCUUGAAGUAUAACACUUCAAUUGUUUCAGAUAUGAUAGAAGAGAGAGAAAUGCUAUUAAGUAAGAUAGAAAAAAAAGCUUCAAUUAUUGCAGAAGAGCCUAUUACUUCAAUUAAAAUAAAGAAGUCUCUGCAAGAACUGAAGGAUGUUGAGAAUAAUUUAGAAUGUUUUAAUCAAAUUUCAAAAUAUUAUUCAAAGGUGUCAUCUACUACAUUUUGUGCAAUGAUGUUGCUUCUUCAGGAAAAAAAAUGUAUUGAGGAGACAGAUCAAACCAUAAGACAUAUUUCAAAGUACAUAUUACAUAAUUUAGAUAAUACUAAAUACAGACUAGAAAUUAUGUGGAGCUAUAUUAAUAACUUCAACAAUUUUAGUCGAGAACCGUUAGAGCAGCGUUGUGAAGUUCUUCGUAAUAUUGUUAACAUAUAUGGUCAAAAUAUAUUGAAAGAUGCAUAUUUGUGUUGUAACCAGCUAAAGAAGAAUUUGAUAAAUCUAGAGAAUAAUCUUUUCUUGAAUAGAAAUAUUGUAGAAAUAGUGGAGAAACUAUACAAGACUGAUGUUGCUAAACAAUUUAUAACAUCUGGUACCACUAAUUUAACCAUAACUAUUCCCAAACCUGUGAUGGAAUCUUUGAAAAGUAUUCAAUCAAAUUUAGGUAAACAAACUUCUACAUUGAAAUUAUUAUUGCAUAUCUAUAGUUCCACUUUGAAGAAAUUGGAAGCAGAUAAGUGGCUGAAAAAUUCCAGGCUUAUUUGGAUAUACUUUCUAGUUGCACCAGAGAAAUUGCAAGACCUGUUUUGUCACAUGGAAGAAGAAUUGAAGUGUAAAGAGAUCAAAGCCGUUAGGUUUAAAGAAUGACAACUUGUAUAAAUAUUCAGUUUUAUUGAAAUAAGAAUUGAUUGUAUUAUUUUUUUUAUUUUUGUUUCAGAUUAUUAUUAAAAUCAAAUUGAAUUAGUUAUUCUUUGUUAAUUUUGAAGCUAAGGUUCAAAAUUACUAGAGUACUGACACUGACGCCAUCCAAUACUUCAAUGAACUAUAAAUUGGUAUUUUUGUCAAUAAAAGUGUAUACAUUGUUUCA